AUGGAUCCGUUUGGGGAACCGGCCGCCGACACCUUGGCCGCGGCUCGUCUUCACGUCCAAGCCCUGACCGACUGUGGAUUACCCCGCGAGGCUCUUUUGCGGGCUCUUCUGGAAAACUAUGGCGAUGGGUCAUCAACUGGGACUGGAGCCACCACCGUGGCGCCUGUGGGGAUGGAGAUGGGCGGCUACUCUCAACAAUCGCAACAGCAGCUCCACCAACAGCAACAACAGCAACAGCCACACCCACAAUUACAGCAGCAACAGGCGCUUCCUUCACCACAGUUGCCGUCGCAGGUGAACCAGCCAAUCAUUCCGGGGAAAAUGAUGCAGCACAACUUUGGUUACCAUCAUGGCACACGGCUGUCGAUAUCGACUACCUCGAGCUCGCAGUCAUCAGCUUCCGGGAGGGCCAGCAUACUAUCGACGGCAACCACCAUGAGCUCCGUCUCGUCUCAAGCAGCAGGAGGACACGAUGUUGCGCCGCUUCCCACGCCGCCUACGCCGCCCGUAAAGAGCAACAACCGGGGCACUUCCAAACCGCAAGGCGCAUACUGGUGCACCUUUUGUGACGUUGCUUUCCAGCGCAAGUUUGACUGGAAAAGACACGAGGACGAGUUCCACGAGAGAUAUAAGCGCUAUCCGUGUCCCAACUGCAAUCGGAUCUUCUGGGGAGCCAAUACGUUCAAUCAGCACCACAAGAACGCCCAUGGCUGCACGACAUGCCCGCACGCGGAUCGGGUGGUGCGCUACACACAGCGCAAAACAGCAUGGGCCUGCGGAUUUUGCGGAGGUUUUCUUGCCAGCCGCGAUCGGUAUUUCGACCAUGUCGCCCGCCAUUAUGAGGAUGGAUGCAACAAGGGACACUGGAACCACUCACUCGUAAUCUACGGCCUACUUCACCAACCUUCGAUCAGCAAUGCAUGGAAGGAGCUCGAUGCUGCACUCUACGGUCAUUUACCACGCGAUCAGCAGCCAAUGCUGGAAUGGGAUGCCAAGGUGACUGGCAAUGCGCCCGGCUUCCUGGAGGGUGAAAGCCCCGGCAAACUCCAGGAUUUACUCGAAUUCUUUAACGAAAGUAACGACGACCCGAGAUUUCUUGCACGACUCGCCCACGACCAGGCGAAGAUUCGAUUCCGGCAUGAGGUACUGCAGCCUGGCGGCAUGUCUCCCACCGACAUGGCGUCACGGCCUAUUUCGGAGCCCCCGAAGCUGAAGACCUCUGCUUCAGCUCAGACACUUUUGUCAAACAAGCACAUGUCCUCGCCGCAGCCCUCGGGGGGGUCCGAUGGGCCACCACCUGCAUACGACAGUAGUUCUGUACAGCAUGUCUUGAAGAAGCAGCGAAGCAUGGCUCCUUCACUGGAUGCAUCGUAUUCGAAGCCUCAUAUGUUUAGCACACCAACACCGCAACAACAGCCGCUGCCACAACCACCACAAUUACCUUCUCAAAAGCUGAUUAACAACCCGUUUCUUACUGCAGCACCGGAACCUCAACCUCCCAACCUGCUGGGGAUUCAACUGGAAACUACGGCGUCUGGAGGAUUUUACGACUUGACGCUUACACAUGUGCACCCGCACAUUCAGGGGCACAGCAUGAGUGAUAUUACACAGCAACAACAACAACAACAACAACAACAACAGCAGCAGCAGCAGCAGCAGCAGCAGCAACUAUCGCCGCAAGAACACCAGCCACAGUUCCUGCCACAGAUUAACCCGAUCAAUUUAUACGACGACUGGAGUAGCAUGGUGGGGACGAUGGUAGACGACGGGUCGGGGACGACAUGGUGGCAGACGACACAGCAUCCAGGUACACAUCAAGGACCACCGCAGUGAUUUUUCCGAGUCGCUCUUCAUAUCACAGCACUGUUUUUUUUCCCCGCUACAUCACAAAAACCUUUUUCUUUGUUUGGAAACCCUCGGAUUGGGACACGGUGCUUGAAAACAGGCAAGGCGUUAUUCUGGGCAGCUGUUUCUCUUCUUUCCUCGAAUACCCUUCUGAACAUUUCCCUUCUUAUACUCCCCCUUUUGCGGGCCUGUCAUUACUAUAUCAUUUUUUUUCGCACACUUUUGGAACCCUUUACCUGUCGAUUAGGUUGUUCUUUUUUUUCUGGUGUUUUUUGUUUUGGAUUUUGGACCAUUUGGGUUUAUAUACGACAUGGGUUGGACAGGAAGGAAGGCAAGGCAUUGGAGGGGAAAUGGGCGGAGGUCAAGCAAGCAAGCAAGGUGAAUUUUGCGAUGGAGGCAUAAGUGGUUUGGGAAAAGGGUGUGCGGAGGUGGUGAAAGUUUCUGGAUUUGUUCCAUUUGGAGAUUAGGCGUUCCAUUAUUGUACGGGAGAUGAAAAAGUCUGACCGGGAUGGCGAAAGGAGAGGGUUGUGGGGUUGAGAGAGAGGACUGGAUGGGGAAGGGGGGGACAGGGGAUGUUUUUUUGUUUAUAUAUUUGCUCCGGUUCCCAAAGCAUGGUGUGUGCCCCCCUUGGGAGCCUGGAAAGCAACGUAACGGAGAGAUUUCGGACUUGGGGAAAAUAAAAUUCUUGAAUCUGUCACCUUUGUCUUUUUUCCAUGCUGCAAUACUGGAUAGAUCCCGG